CGUACUGCGGGCGGUCGCUCGCUUUCGGCAGCAUUGCAGCAACACUCGGCAGUUCCUUUCCGGAGCCGAUCACGUUCAGUACGCGCUCGCUCCUCGUCGCGUUCACCGUUCCGACGUCCGUAACGACGGCAGUGUGGUAUCGUCAUCGUAUGAUCCACCUCACGCGAAACAAGUUUAUAAAUUAAUAUACCAAUAUAGAUCAGCGAUAUACGCGUGUUUAGAUUUAUAAUAAUAUUUUCGCUAUUUUUCUAUUAUCAUCAUCGUCAUCCGACCGUAUUAUAAGAUAUCGCACGCGACGACACGUUUGUCCGCCGCCGUCGCCACUUUGUGUUAUAAAAGAUCAUCGCGCACCCACGAAAUCCCGCUAAAUGGGUGUACUGGGCAACGCCGACAACCGCAGCAACAACGUCGUCAACCUCAGCAGGUCCGUCGCUGUAGCCCCCGAACCGCCGUGUCAGUGUACCGUAGACCAUUUCUUGGCACCGCUCAAGUUCAAAAUGAAAGGGCUCAAGAAAAUCCGCAAGAAAAUCGGCUUGGCUCCGAAAUCGGGAACCGGCGCCGUCAAUCCCAACCUGCCGCCAUUAAGGUUUCAUAACGUGCAUGGCGAAAAUGUCCGGCUGUACAAGGACGGGUUCGUCGCCAGACGGGUGGACAGCUUUUGCAAAGGUGUGGCGUUCAGCAGUCGGCCGGUCGCCAUCAACGAAAAGGUGUACAUCAAGUUCCUGGAGAUAUCCGACAACUGGAGCGGCGUACUCCGGUUCGGGUUCACCAGCGAAGACCCGUCGAACGUCAAGAAAGUGCCGAAAUACGCUUGUCCCGAUCUGACCAGCAAAUCAGGAUUUUGGGCGAAAGCGCUUAGCGAACGACACGCGGUGCACGACGGCUUGCUAUUUUUCUACGUCGACGCGGGCGGUGACGUGCACUACGGCCUCAACGGCGAGUCCAAAGGCGUGUUCAUGCAGGGCAUUGACACCAGGUCGCCGCUCUGGGUGCUGUUGGACAUUUACGGCAAUUCGACCAUCGUCGAGUUUCUCGAUUGCCGUCCGCAGCUGAACAACAACAGGAUAUCCAGAAGCGAUGAACUGGAAAUCUCCUCUCAGAUGUCCGCCGUGACCUUGUCGUCGGCGGCAGUUCCGUCUCCCCCGCGCGUCCUCCAAUCCGCGGACAACGUGGAACCGCUGGGACUGGUGCGCAAGGGCCGGCACGUGAUGAUCAGCAUGAAAGACGGUGUGCCGUGCGUGGGCACCAGGCUGUCGACGGCCUUCUUCCAGGGGUACACGUUCACGAAACAGCCGCUGCAGAUCGGCGAGAAGUACCUGGUGCAGAUCACAAAGACCAGUCAGCUGUACGUGGGCAGCCUGUCGUUCGGCGUCACGUGCUGCGACCCGAGCAGCAUCGGCAUCGGUGAACUGCCCGACGACCCCAACCAGCUGGUCGACCGUCGCGAGUACUGGGUCAUGAGCAGGAACGUCGCGGAAGACACCAAACCCGGCGACGUGCUGAUAUUCUCCAUCAACAACAACGGCGAAGUAUUGUGCAGCAAAAACGGAAACCCGGAAAUCGUGCUGAUGUGCGUGGACCACUCGCAAACGCUGUGGGGCGUGUUCGACAUAUAUGGCACGACCACGCAGAUCGUCGUGUCGAAAAUGUUGUCCAGGCCGUCCAUGGGCUGCUCCCCGAACGCCGUCGUCCACUCCUCACCGCAACCGUCGACCUCCUACGAGACGGUCUCGGCCGUUUCGCCGACCGUGUGCUACGCGCCGCAGCAACCGAUGGUCCGGUCCAACAUCCUAGAAGUGAACACCGACGCCAACGGCGGCACAGUGCUCAUCGUCAACUUGCCUGCCGCCCAGAGCAAUCAGAUGUGCCAUCCGUCGCCGGCCCUAUCGCAGGCGUCUUCCGGCAUGCAGCAGCAUCAGCAGGUGUCUGCUAGACCGCCGUCCGUCACCAUCCAACAGAUACAGCCGAGAGUCGCUCCUGUUGUUGUCCAACAACCACAUCUUCCGGAGCAAUUACCUUCCGGCGAAGGAGAAUGUUCAAUUUGUUUCGAAAGAGCAGUUGACUGUGCUUUGUACACAUGCGGUCAUCUUUGCAUGUGCUACGAAUGCGCUAAGAAGCAGUGGGUCCGUUUGGGCCGUUGUCCAAUUUGCCGUGCUAUCAUUAAGGACGUUAUUAAGAUAUACAAAUAAAUAUUGUCUUCCUUGGUUUUUCUGUUAUUCUUCUAGGGCAUUUUUGUUAACUUUUUUUUUACUCAUUAUUAUUGUAAAUAACUAUUGCCAAACAUUGCUAAUUUAAAAAGUUUUCAUCAGUCAUUUUUAAUAUUAUAUUAUGUUAUCAACUGUUUUUUUAAUAUUUAUGUGACCGUCUUGUCAUCUAUAUCGGUUGAUUGAAAUACAUUUAUAUAUAUAUAUACAUAUUUUUUUUAACUUCAUAUUCUUACAAAUUAGUUUUUUUUAUAUAAAUUGUAUUAACAUAAUCCAUAUUUUAACAAAUAGAAAAAAAAUGACUGAUUUUAUUCAAUAAUUAUUUUAGGUGUAAGCACCAGGUGUGCACAAUGGUAAGCCAGGAAGACUGGCUUUUUUUUUGUAAAAUUAAGUUUUAUUAUUGUUGUUAUUGUUAUAUAGACAUAAUUAUUGUACUGUAUAUUUAAUAAAAUAUUGGUUAUUAAAAUUAAGUAAGGGAAAUGAAAAUGAUUCUCCGUGAAUUGUUUUGAUACUAAUUACAGGCCGUUCUAGUCAAUAGUCAGUUAGGGCUGGUUUCUUUAUUCAAAUUUGUAUUUUAAUAAUUUAUUGUAGGCACAAACAUUGUUGUAGUAUUAUGCUAAGCUAAACUUGUAUUUUUUCUAAGUCAUAAUUUAAUGUAAUAAUAUAGUCAUGAUAUUUUAAUGGACACCACAUAAGUGAUCGUACAAUAAUUUAUAAUAUGUAUACCUAUGCAUCACAAAAUGUGAUAAUUGUAAAUAUCACAAUUAACAGAACAAUAUUGUACCAAAUUAACUCUGAAUAAUAUGUAAUAAUGUACUUUUUUUUAAUCAUUUCCACUUUUCCACUUUUAAUUAACAAGUGAAAACAGAAAAAAAUAAAGUUAAUAUUUAUUACUA